CUACGACUGCGUCAAAUCAGGAGGUGCAAGAAUUGAAAGAAAAGCUAGCAAUAUUACAGGCGUCUAAGGUUAAAGAAGAAGUUCCCUUAUACAUCCAGUAUCUUGAUUCAAAUGUUUAUUAUCUUGGUUCCGAUGAUUGGGCGAAUUUUAGUCAACUAUUUACCCAUCUGAAAAAUCUUUUCUAUCUCAAAGGCCCAUUGGAACAUCAUAAGUUUGUUAUUAGCAAUAAAAAUAUAGAUUUUAGCUGGUCGAAAAAUGACUUUGUCGAUUUCAUUGAAAAACACAAAUGUUCGGUUAAUAAUCCGGUCAGAAUCCUUGGCGUAAAGAAAGGCGUUAAAAGAUCAUACAUGGAUAUGAUAGGUGAAUUGCCACCACCAUCGACGCUUGGAAUUCCUAAGGAAUGGUUCAAGCGACAGAAAGGUGAUCCUAUUUGUCUUAAUCACCGCCCACCAGAGGCUUCUAGUACUAUACCUGUUAGCUUGUAUAGUUCUAUUUUUGGUAAAUUUAAGGAUUUCUGUGUGGAAGAUCCAGAAAAGAAAGAUAAUGAAUUCACCUAUGAGAUUUGCUACGAAAUGGCCAAAUUUGAUGAGAAAGAGGAAGAUCGCCAAUAUGUGGCAAAUAAACUGUUAAAAGAAUAUCUCGAUCACCCUGUGGAAAUACUUACGAUUAAACGCAAAAAUUCUGACAGUUUAAAGGGUGCUCAUACAGACGGCACUAUAUCCCAUUCUAAGUACCGUGGGGCUAAUUUCGAGUAUAAGUGCGAUGACUGUAACUCCGGUGCCUCUCCUUAUUUAGAAAAUUGUAGCUAUUAUUUAGUUUUCUGCAAAGAACAAGAAAAUAGUCCCUCAUUUU